AUGAAUGGCUUGUUCAACUCAGACAGCAACAAGGCAAAGCACUCAGCAGAGCCCUGCGCUGUUCAACCCUCAAAAUGCCUGGAUUACUCAGAAUAUCACUCUGCAUGCUAUAGGUAAAAAAAAAACUUGGACUAGGACAUAAACAUGUUCAGCAAAGCAGCCCCCAGCCUUAUUAAAAGAGGAGUAGUAUGGGGUUUGUGCAUCCUCCUGUUUUACACCAGCCCUUUCUCCUGUUUUGCAAAUUUCAGCCAGGCUAAAGAGCUCCUAUAUAAGAUAAAGGAGGGAUUACCCAUGGGGACCUUCAUAGGGGCCAUUGGAGUAGACUUAAAUUUGGAUUUCAGCAUUGAUCCCCCCUUUUUAUUCAAUCUGCCACAGAAGAAGGUCAGUGAACAGUAUGUGAACCUCAAUAAUACCACAGGGGAGCUGUACACAUCUGCCACGGAGAUUGACAGGGAGACCCUUUGUCCAGACACCUCUGAAGGACAAGGAUGUGUCCUCUCACUGGAUGUGUUUGUGUUGCCUCAGCAAUACUUUCAGCUGGUCAAAGUUAAGGUCUUUAUUGAGGACGUGAAUGACAACAGGCCAAGGUUCCCUGUGGAGGAGAUCUGUGUGUCCGUCCCGGAAAACGCACCCGUCAAUGCACGUUAUGCAGUGGAGCAGUCAGCGGUUGACCCAGACUUGGGCCUUCACGGAGUGCAGACCUAUUGGCUGGUCAAUGACUUCGGCGUCUUCACGUUGGAUGUGGAGGAGAAUGAAGGGGGUGAGCUGACACCUUUUCUCAUUGUCACAGAAGAACUGGACAGGGAGACGCAGCCUGAGUACAUAACAGAUAUAAUUGCAGAGGACGGGGGGAGCCCGCCCCUUCUGGGUACCUCCACUCUGAAGAUAGUUAUCACCGAUGUGAAUGAUAACUGCCCCCAAUUCACAGAGUCACAAAUUAAUGUCACUCUGCAUGGGAAUACUACCAGAGGGGGACAUUUGGCACAUGUGCAUGCUUUUGACCCUGACCUCGGUGCUAAUGCGCAGAUCAGCUAUGCUUACAGUGAACGAGUGCCAAAGGACACCAGGAGCUUGUUCCAUUUGGACAGAGUCUCAGGGGUGAUAAAACUAGCAGGAAAAAUAGACACGGAAACAGGCAAAUUCUACAAACUCACCGUCCUAGCCAACGGGCCUGGUUGUAUCCCUGCAGUUGCCAUUGUUACGGUUCAUGUAAUCAAAGUGGUGACAGGCCCCCCUGCAGUCAUACCAAGGUACAUCGCAACUGAAAAAAAUGGGGUGGUGACAAUGAAGGAGUCCGAGCCGGCGCUUUCACCAAUUGCCUUUUUUACCGUCAAAAACACUGACGUUAACCAGAGAGUGGACUGUCAUUUGGAGGGUUAUGGCCCAUUUAGGCUAGUCCCCUACAAGUUGUUCAAGAAUGAGUACCUACUGGAGACAACUGAGCCUUUAGACUAUGAGCAGACACAAGAGUAUGAGCUGACAGUGAUUGCCAGAAACACGCGUGGACCAGUCAUUAAGACCUUCCUUAAGAUCCUGGUAUUGGAUGAAAAUGAUAACGCGCCAGUGUUCCUGCAGUCUUUGGUGGAAAUAUCUGUUGAGGAGAACAAUUCCCCAAACACAUUUCUGACCCAACUCCAAGCCACAGACCAGGACAGUGAAAGUCGUGGGGAAGUCAUCUACCUUAUGGGAGGCGACGCCCCUGGCAUGUUUGUUGUGGAUCGUGUGACAGGCAUCUUGUCUGUGGCUACAUCACUGGACCGUGAGGAGAAAGAGACGUACCGGUUUAUAGUGAGGGCAGUGGACCAAGGAACACCCAGGAAAGAGUCCAUUGCCACUGUUGUUGUGGUAGUGCAAGACCGCAACGACAACAGUCCACGCUUCAUCAAUAAGGACUUCACUUUCUUUGUACCAGAGAAUUUCCCAGGAUUUGGUGAGAUAGGGGUCCUCUCUGUGACAGAUGCUGAUGCUGGGGAAAAUGGCUGGGUGGCCCUAUCUAUCGUCAAUGGCAGUGACAUCUUCAUGAUAGACACAGGACGCGGCGCACUCAGGGCCAAGACAUCACUGGACCGCGAGCAACAGGGCACCUACCAGCUUUGGAUUGAGGCAGUUGACGGCGGCGAACCUGCCCUCUCCUGUGUUGCCAUGGUGACCGUGCUGCUUUUGGAUGUCAAUGACAACCCACCGAUUGUCCUGUUCCCUCAGUCUAACCAGUCCUACAUGCUAGUCCUACCUAGCACCCUUCCAGGAACAUCUAUCACAGAGGUGUAUGCCGUGGAUAAAGACACAGGCAUGAAUGCUGUCAUCGCCUAUAGCAUCAUUAAGCGGAAAGGCGGCGAGCCAGGUUCAUUUGACAUUGAUCCAGAAACGGGGAAUAUCACACUUAAGAGGGAGCUCAGCAACCGUGGCCUCUACAGCCUCCUUGUGAAGGUCAGUGACCACGGGCAGCCAGAGCCUCUCCACUCAACAGUCAUCGUUAAUCUUUUUGUCAACGAAACGGUUAGCAACGAGAGCUACAUCCAGAGUCUGCUGACCAGAGAGGCAGACAUUGAGGUUGAGGAGAGGCCCUGGUACAUUGGACAGCUAACGGAGAGGCCUGAAAGGUAUGAGUUGUUCCCCUGCCAGCCUGUUGUCAUUGCACUCUCAGUCAUCUGCCUGGGGCUGUUCUUCAUCGUGAUCACACUGACAUCUUAUAUUUGCUGUAAGAGGCUCAAAAAGCACAGAAAGAAAAGACUGGAGGUAGAGAUACCUUUAAAAAUGAAUAGUGACUCACUGCAGGUUAUGGACAGGAAGCUGCGGCAGAUCUCCAACAUUUGA